AUGGCAAACCGCGGCUACGAUGUUGUCGUUGACGUCGAUCAAGAAGGCGACCUAGGCCACACCGACCUCCAAGAAGACCUCGAGUUCCACUCCUCCAACUUCGAAGACCAACCCUCCCGCACCAAAAUCCCCGCCGACUCCACCACCCGCGGCGGCGGCAGCGGGCCCAGCUCCACGAGCCCCAAACGCUACCUCUGGACGCUAUCCUUCUACUCGCAAUUCUUCGACGUCGACACGUCGGACCUCCUCCGCCGGUGCACCGCCGCCCUAUACCCGCGCGCCAACUUCCUCGACGUGCUCGACGGCAACCCGGACCUGUACGGGCCCUUCUGGAUCGCAACGACCGUCAUCGUGAUCCUGUUCCUCACGGGCACCAUCAGCCAGUACCUCGCGCACCACGGCAAGGACCACUUCGCGUACGACUUCACGCUGCUGUCGGGCGCCGCGGGCCUGGUGUACGGGUACACGUUCCUGCUCCCCGUGGGGCUGUGGGCCACGCUGAAGUGGUUUGGGAGCGAGAGCGCGAAUCUGCUCGAGUGCGUGGCGUUGUAUGGGUAUGCGAAUUUGAUUUGGAUACCCGUGGCGCUGAUUAGUUGGAGUCCGGUGUCGAUCUUGAAUUAUAUCUUCGUGGCCAUCGGCUUCGGCAUCAGCGCGCUCUUCCUCUUCCGGAACCUCUACCCCGUGCUCUCGGCGACGGAUGUGCGCACGUCGAAGAUACUGCUGGUGGUGGUGAUUGUGCUGCAUGCGGCGCUGGCGGUGUCGAUUAAGUUCUUGUUCUUUGCAGCGGGGAGUCCGUUUAAGAAGGGUGGGGAUAAGCACGAGGAUAAGCAUGAUGGCGAUGACGAUGAUAAGGUUAGGUUGAUUAGGAUGCUGUUUAGGGCGUGA